GAUAAGUAGCCUAUUUAAAACUUUUAAGCGAUAGUAGGGAACUCACUGUUCAUAAACUUGGCAAAUUCUGUAACCCGACAACUAACGUUGUUUUGCAAGGACGCAGUUGUGUUUUUAUGUUUUUCCAAGGAAAGGACAGGAUACAUUUCGCAUCCAUUCGAACCACUACAAGGCAAGCAACAACUUCCAACAAAGUUUACUUUGACAUUUCUGGAGAUUCUGCAUGCAGGAGCUCCUGUGAGGUUUCUCUCUACUGACUGACUGUGAGGUGGAAGAAGAGUUGUCCUCGUGAAGAACCAGGAGGAAGGGAAGGCCGGCCAGUGAUCACGUCCUGUCCUUUUCUGGAGAAGCUGUAGGCCAGUACUACUACAGUACUACUACAGUACUACUACAAUACUCUGAUGGCAGACAGACCCAUUCUACCCCUGUUGCUUCUGGCAUUCUGCUGCUCAGCAUUUGCAGGCCCGUUGUCUCGUAGCCCGUGUGAGCUGCUGCCAGUAGGCGUAGGCCACCCAGUGCAGGCCCUGCUGAAGAGUUUCACGGCCCUAUCAGGCUGUGCCUCCCGCGGCACCACAGGACUACCUCAAGAGGUCCACAUCAUCAACCUGAGGGGCCGUGGCCCUCAGGGGCCAGACGACAAGACUGCAGAGGUGGAGCUGCACCUAAAGCCCAUCCAGUCCCUACUGGUGCACCAGAAGCCCCUGGUGUUCGUGCUAAACUCCCCCCAGCCUGUGGUGUGGGACAUCAGGACAGAGAAACUAGCCCUGGGCAUCAAGCACACCUUCCAUGUAUCUGAGGGAUCUGAUGUCCACUUCCCUCCAGGGAACUUCUCCCUCCACUGUCAGGUUCAGAAGGAGGUGCUUCCCCAUGGCAACGAGCACCUCCUCAACUGGGCCACCAAGAAGUACAGAGCCGUCACCUCCUUCUCCGAACUCAAGAUCGCCCUGGACAUCUACAUUAAAGUGGGAGAAGACCCAGUGUUCUCAGAUACCUGUAAGAUCGACAACAAGUUCCUGUCUCUGAACUACUUAGCUGGCUAUGUGGAGCCCCAGCCCUCUAAAGGCUGUGUCCUGUCUGGGCCAGACCAGGACCAAGAGGUCCACAUCAUCGAGCUGCAAGCACCCAACUCCAGCAGUGCGUUCCAAGUGGAUGUGAUCGUGGAUCUGAGACCACUGGAGGCAGAUGUUCCAUUGUAUCGUGACAUUGUGCUGCUGCUAAAGUGUGAGAAGUCUGUCAACUGGGUCAUCAAGGCUCACGGCGUCAUCGGCAAACUGGACGUGGUGACGCCAGAUACCAUCAGUCUGAGCCCCAACACAGAGAGGCGGAUGGAAGUGUCUAAGACCCCCAAGCACCACCUCCCAUCUGGCUCUCAGGCCCUGAUCAAGUGGGCAGAGGAGCAUAGCUAUGGACCAGUCACCUCCUACACCCACACCCCUGUGGCUAACACCUUCAACCUGAGGCUCAGGGAGCCAGAUGUGCUGAAUCCCCUGGACUCCAUGUUCCUUCCUUCUAUCCUGUGGGACACCAACCCCCUCCUGUCUGGUGGUCCGGGGGGUGCUGCCUCACGCUCCAUUGGCCUGCCAUUCCCCUUCCCCCCGCCCAAGGAGCAGGGCCUGCCCUACCUAUCACUGCCCCCCUCCCUGGAGGACCAUCCCUGGCUGGGGCUGGGAGGGGAGGAGGGUGGGGAGCCUGAGGAGCAGCAGGGGACCCUCAGUGUGGGGCUCAGUGUUCAGUGUGAGGAGAACAGGAUGGUGGUCAGCAUCGACAGAGAGAGUCUGCAGGCCAGUGGUUAUGGUAAUACCAACCUGACUCUUCAAGACCCAGAAUGUAAAGCGACGGUUAACUCCACCCACUACACCCUAGAGACGCCAUUGGAGGGCUGUCAGACCACCAAGUACCCCAUGCACUCCAGCUCUAUGGUCCUCUACAUCAACUCAAUCCUGAUAAGUCAUGCUGAGCCUAAGGAUGGGAGUGGUGGUCCCCUGGAUUACGAGGAUCUAGAGUCCGGAGACGUGACCCCUGGGGAGGCAGAGGAGCUAGAGAGGCUGGAGAGGGCUGCUUUCCUUGAGCACACCACAGGCCCUGAUCACAGGUCAUCCAUUCUGUUCAACUGCACCUACAGCAAGAACCAGGACACCCUAGGAGGAUCAGGAUCAUCAGGAUCGUUUUCCCAUAUCGCCCCGGCAGCUAAGGAACCGGUCAGAACCGACGUGAUGUUCAACAUGGAGCUGUACAACACCCAACUCUUCCGCUAUCCGUCAACCCAGGCCUUCCACACCGUUUCCAAAAAUCAACAGGUCUUCGUAGAGAUUGGAGCUUUCAAAGUCGACCCAGAGCUAGGGUUCAUGAUCCAGACCUGCUUCAUCUCUGCCAAGUCCAACCCCAACAUCCCGUCUUACUACACCCUGAUUGAGAACAUCUGCCCUACGGACGACACGGUCAAGUACUACCCUCAGAGAGACCUCCCUAUCCCCCACUCCCAGACCGACAGGAAGAGGUUCAGCUUCACUUUCAACUCACCCUUCAACGAAUCGUUGCUCUUUCUGCACUGUGAAAUGUCUCUCUGCUCCAAGAGACCCCACAACAACCAGGGACGGGCUAUGUGUAUCCAACCGGAUGAGGCAUGUACAUCUGUCAACGGAGAGAUCAUCCUAGCCAUGAUGAUGAACACAAAGACUUCUACCAAGACCCUAGUGGUGGUGGAAGAACAUGACACAGAGGAAGAGGAACCAGUGCCUCCCACUCGCACGGCAUCACAAGGCCCUCCUGACCCGCCAGGAGAAACUGUUUUGUAUGUGUUGGACACGCCGACCGUGGUUGGGAUUGCCUUCGCUGCAUUUGUGAUCGGGGCCCUGUUGACCGGAGCCCUGUGGUUCAUCUAUUCUCAUACAGGUGAUACAGCUGGCCGACAGCAGGCCCAGAAGCCCCAGCCCCCAGCCUCAGAGAACAGCAGUGCGGCCCACAGUAUUGGCAGCACACAAAGCACGCCCUGUUCCAGCAGCAGCACAGCGUAGCCUAGGGGCCAGGGCCAGGCCAGGGCUAGCGGAGAAGGAGAGCCCCCCACCCCUCUGCAGGGCCACAGGAAGGGCCACACAGGUCACAGGGAACUGGGUUUGCUAACAUUUGUUUCCCCUCUGGAUGAAAGGAAGUUUUUUUUUUUUUUUUUGUGAAAACAAA